AGUAAACAGAAACCAAUUAUUUUAUUUUUGUUGCAGGAAACAAGAGAGGCAACAGAUUAUCAAGUUUCGGAAGAGACCAGUCGAAGGGCUGGUCCUUCCCGUCCGAAAAUUCAACACGGCCAAGUACCAGAAAUGGUUAUCCAGAGCGAUUUUCGUAAGGUGAGCGGGAUAACGACAGAGAUAUUUCGACAGAUAGAAGCAAUAGAGAAUCAAUACGAUCCCACAACAGCGGCCAAUUUAGAAACUGUAGAGAAACGCGGCGAUAUGAUCAUUCGUCUACUAGAUCCCAACACAUUGGGCAAAGCAGGGGUGGAGGCCUGUCGGAACUACGUAAGAAAUGCCGACAGCAUCCACGUGGUACAAUUCGUAGAAAUUAUAAAAAGACCAGGACAAACUUUGGGACUUUACAUUAGAGAAGGGGAGACGAGCGAAGAAGGGGUCUUCAUUUCGAGAAUCGCUUUGGAGAGCGCCGUUUACAAUAGCGGUUUAUUGAAAGUUGGAGAUGAGAUUUUGGCGGUAAAUCUGGUGGACGUCAGACACGUCAGUUUGGACGACGUGGUCAUCAUCAUGUCCAUACCCAGAAGAUUGGUGCUGACUAUCAGAUCGAGGAUAUGCGGUGGAAAACCUAUCACUAAACUUGCCAAACAACGCGAUGAAGAAGCACGACCUCCCAUAGUCGUAGUGAAGAAAGGAAUGGAAGAAGAUACAAUGGAUGAUUAUGGGAAUAAUCAUGAGAAUGGUAUGCUGUUGAGAGCUAGAGUCAAAGGAUUGCCGAGUGAUAUGUCACCGAUGUGCAUCACUUUAGAACCACGUCAUUCGGACGACAGAAUGCUCUAUUAUAACUCCCAACCUGCGGCAAUGCCCGCAGGUGGGCGUGUGCCCAAAUUGGUGGAAGAUAUAAGAGCAGGGGAUGAGAGAACAUGGCCUAGGACUGCGGAAUCCCGAAUAAUUACACGACAGCCGUUUAGCCAGCAGAAAUACCCUAAGACAUUAGAAUCACUGGCAGAGCAGAUUCACACUUUUCACGCGAUGCCUCCACAGGAAGGGCGCAGAUCUAUGUUUCCUUCUUCGCACACACACAUACAGUUUCCGAGACUCGAUCGUAGGAAUGUCUACUGGGACGAACAAACUGCAACUCUGGGCAGAACUACACGUUUAUUGCGCACAGAAAGUGAACAAAGGAUUUCGACAGUCGCUCACGAUAAUUACGAUAAAUAUUCUUCAUUCGGUAUACGUCAUAACGUAGGUGUGUCGGCAACUAUGCAACCGAGAGGUCGAUUGAGACGUUACGACGAGUUGUCACAAUCCAUGGCUGCUUUGCGUAGAAGAAUACCUCAAGACAGUGCUUCGGAUACCGAAGUCCAAUCGGGACCGGUUCGAGACGUUAUGACUCGCCAGUCUCAAACUAUACCACAUCAACAACAACAGUUCGGUAUGCCAAUCAUACCCAGAGGCUACGGACAACUUCGAAGCAAUUCACUGCCACGUGUACGCACUACAGACCAAAUUUAUCGUCGUCCUCAACAAGCUGUGCGAUUCGAAAAACACCUACUGCCUUAUGAUUCUCAGGAUGAUAGUGACGGCGCUCUCUCUGCACCAGAGCUUCCAGCAACCAAACCGGACAGGAGAGGAAUUGGACGAGCAGAGAGGAAUCCAACCACUGAUGAUGUACCCCAGGCGACCAUUUCUCAGGGCAGCAGCUGAAAAUACAGAUAAGAGUGGACUACAGCCACUAGCACUUGAAUACAUACGUCAAGUGCCAAAUCCUACACCAGUUAAACCAUCAGAAGAUAAAUUACAACUUCUAACACUAAAUCCCAGGGACUACGUCAAGUA